AAAGUACUGUACUACAUCAAUGACAAACCUAAGAAUAAUGUGAAUUAAAAAAAAAAUAAAAUAUUUAUAUUAUAUAAAACUUAUAAUAUAUAAUACUUACUAUUCACUGUCAUGACAAUUUUCCCCAAGAUAUUUUUCUUAUUUAGUUGUUGUUGUUGUUUUUUUUUGUUGUUGUUUUAACAUUUAAAAUGUUUUAUUUCCUUUUUUAGAUCAUUUUUAGUUAAGAACUUUUUCUUUUUUUUUUCACCUGAAAAUUACUGCAAUUUUAAAAUAAACUUAUGUUUAUCUGUAACAAAAUUUGGUGAUUUCUAGUUUUCACUCAUAUUGCAUUGUUUUCAUAAAGCAUACUCAAGUUGAUUGUGUAAUACUUUAAAAUAUUAAAAUAGAAUCAUAAUAAAAUUAAAAAGAUGUGAAACAGCUGUGGCGCUUCAUUACAGGUCAGGUAAUUAGAUUCCAUCCCUUAUGUAACCACUGCCUUCCUCUUUAGAUGACAAGAACUGCAUUAAGCAUACAUGCUUUAAAAAGGCAGCAUGAAACUAGGAGGAAUUCAGCAGCAAUACGAUCGUUCCGCACUACAGUACAUUUUCCAGUAAAUUUAGUAUAUUGAUACAGCCUAAAGAGGUUGGGUGACUUGUUCCUGGUUACUUGUAAGGUGAGGAUGGGUGUUACUGUUUGAGGAAUUAAAAGUCCUCCCAGUCGUUCUCUCAUACAGACGGAGCAGGAGAUCAUGGAGGCUGGAUCUGUCCUUUUCUCAAGGGACUUUGAGUGGUUCGUUUUUAACGGGUCCUCCACAAGUUCCUCCAUCAUGCUUAACAGUAGCAUCCACAGUCCCUUGCUCGAGGAAUCAUACUUGAUAUCAGGAAGACCUCGUCGUGCAUUCGGGAUUGUUGGGGUGGUCGUCAUUGUACUUAUCACUAGCUGCAUCAGCCUACUAACAGUCCUGGGCAACGUCUUGGUUCUGCUUUCAAUCAAAGUCAACCGCAAUCUCCGAACUAUCAACAACUACUUCCUUUUUAGUCUUGCUUGUUCAGACCUUAUCGUUGGUGUCUUCUCCAUGAAUCUCUACAUUGUGUACGCCGUAAAGGGAUAUUGGCCUUUGGGACCGCAUAUGUGCGAUUUGUGGUUAGUUGUGGAUUACGUGGUGAGUAACGCCUCUGUGAUGAACCUCCUACUAAUCUGUUUUGACCGGUACUUCUGCGUGACUCGGCCUCUGAGUUACCCGACCAAACGUACCGCAAAGUGGGCUGGGGUGAUGAUUGCAGCUGCUUGGUUACAGUCUCUGCUUCUCUGGGCUCCAGCUAUCCUGCUUUGGCAGGCUGGAAGGGACAGGAGCAAGGUCCCAGAGGGACAAUGUUACAUCCUGCUCCUCGCAAACCCUGCUGUAACCCUGGCAACCACUAUUCCAGCGUUCUACAUUCCUGUUGUAAUAAUGAUGGUACUUUACACGAAAAUAUCCCUGGCCAGUCAAAGACGGGUUCAUAAGUUGAAGCCUGAAUCCACAAACCUGCUUGAUCCAUCUAAGACAAGUGGAGGAACGUCAACCGGCAACCCUGACCUAGUGAAUAACAUUAAACCGGAUGACUCAUGCUCUUUCAAACGAGAUUUAAAGCUCGUUAGAAUGAAACGCCUCUUUUCUGUAGAGUUCAGCAAGACUGAUGACUCCUUGGAUUUAAGUCCCGAUGCCUCUAUGGAAGGGCGAGAGCUGGAUGCAGAAACCUCAAGACAGAAGACCUUGACAGCGUGUGUGGAAACUAGAAGAACAACGCAACCUCACUGUUUUCAAAAUCAUACUGCCAUUCAUGUUCAAGCGUCCAAAGUUGUCUCCAAGAAUGCCAGACAGAAGGCUCUGAGAGAGAGGAAGGUGACAAAAACCGUCCUUGCAGUUCUUCUGGCCUUCAUUGUUACUUGGACGCCUUAUAGCGUUAUGGUCCUGAUUGGUACCUUCUGUCGUUGGUGUGUCCCUGAAAUUCUGUGGAUGGUGGGUUACUUUAUGUGCUACGUCAACAGCACGGUAAAUCCAGUGUGCUACGCACUCUGUAACGUCACCUUCAAAAGAACCUUUAAACAACUGUUGAUGUGCAAGUUCAGAAAUUUGACAUUAAAAUGAAUCUCUUUAUUAAUGACUCCUGGCCAACCAAAGAGGAACCUGAUUUGCUUCAGAUGUUUUGUUUUACUAAAGCCAAAAUUAUUGGUGUUCAUCAUGUUUCUGAUAAUGUACACAUUACGUGUACAAAUUUGACAUAUUGUAGUUGCUUGCGAAUGCAUUCUUACGGCAACGGUUUGUGUAAAUUAAUGCAAUAGUUUAGUGAAGACAUUCUUAUUUUGUGAGCAUAAUGGUUUACCAGAGCCGAAAGUAUUUAGCUGCUCAAAUCGCACGCUUUAAACGUAUCGCAAAGUCAUUGUUGAUUCUUACUUUUUGUCAGUGUGAUAGUUUUUUUACUGAAAUGUUUAUAAUAAACAUGUUUGUUGAGCUAUUUGUUUUUCAUCUCGUCUCGGUAAUUGCAUUUGUUUUACGAAUUGUAUUAGAAAGUUUUGUUGUUGUUUUUGUCACAGUUUAAGACGGUUACAUUUGUGCAAAAUGGGAAAAAAACAAACAAAACUUGUUCAAAUAAUAAUUGCUUCAUGGAAAUUGCAUUAUGUUCUAUGCAAUUGUGAAAACAUACCACUGAUUUUGUUUAACAUUACUAAAAUUGCAAAUGUACUACUACAUUGGCGUCAUUAAAGUAAUUCCAAAUUUGUA